GCUGUGACUGUCGCUUUGUAAUAGCACUAACAAACCGGUCACCGGGGCCGCUCGUUACCGUCAAUUUCAGGAAAUGGAUUUCAGCUCGAGAGGAGCGAACUGUAGCCCGAACGCCCCUGACGGCGCGUGGUUGUAGCAAGAGCUCAAAAGGCGCGUGGUCUGCGCGGCGGCCGCCUCCGUUUUAUUCUCACGUCUCCUGUCUAGGUACAGUCCUCUGCGGCGCGUGCUGCUGAUCGGUCGGUGGCGUCGGCAGGAGCAGCCGUUCUGUUCGGUUCUGUGUAUGAGCGCGCCUGUUUGUUGCGUGUGUAUGUGUGGUUUGCGCGUGAACCGGCAAAAUCAAAGACCAAGCAGGCCAGCGCGUGCCAGCAAGAAAAGCAGGCAGGCAGGCAGUCAGGGCAGAGAGGCAGCCCGCGAGCGCUCAGCUAGCAACCGUACGUUACACUGUGAGAGAUGGUCACGUCUACACCGGGGAUCCUUCUGCUGCCGAUGCUAAUUUGUCUCCAGCACUGCAUUAACGUCAACGGUACUAAGACAGAAUGUGAGGCCAGCCAGUUUCAGUGUGGAAACGGUCGCUGCAUCCCGUCCGUCUGGCAGUGUGACGGAGACGAGGACUGCACAGACGGCAGUGACGAGAAUUCCUGUGUUAGAAAGACAUGUGCAGAGGUGGACUUCGUGUGUCGCAACGGCCAAUGUGUACCGAAGCGAUGGCACUGUGAUGGGGAGCCGGACUGCGAGGACGGGUCCGACGAAAGCGUAGAAAUCUGCCACAUGAGGACGUGUCGUGUUAACGAGUUUAGCUGCGGAGCGGGCUCCACUCAGUGUAUUCCCAUCUUCUGGAAAUGUGACGGAGAGAAGGACUGUGAUAACGGAGAGGACGAGGUCAACUGUGGUAACAUCACCUGUGCUCCAAAUGAGUUCACGUGCGCCAGCGGCCGCUGCAUCUCCCGGAACUUUGUGUGCAACGGCGAGGACGACUGUGGCGACGGCUCUGAUGAGGUAGAGUGCGCUCCGUCCUCCUGUGGCCCCAGUGAGUUCCAGUGUGGGAGCUCGUGCAUCCCAGCCAGCUGGGUGUGCGACGACGACGUCGACUGCCAGGACCAGUCAGAUGAGUCUCCGUCUCGUUGCGGCCGUCACCCGACACCGCCGGCCAAGUGUUCGUCCAGUGAGAUGCAGUGCCACUCAGGAGAGUGUAUUCACAAGAAGUGGAGGUGUGAUGGAGACCCCGACUGCAAGGACGGCAGCGACGAAGCCAACUGUCCUGUACGCACCUGUGGACCGGAUCAGUUCAAAUGUGAUGAUGGAAACUGUAUCCUGGGCAGCAGACAGUGUAACGGCCUCAGAGACUGUGCCGAUGGAUCAGAUGAAGUCAACUGCAAAAACAUGACUCAGUGUAAUGGGCCAGAGAAGUUCAAGUGUCGCAGCGGGGAGUGUAUCGAGGUGAGCAAAGUGUGCAACAAGGCCCGAGACUGUCCCGACUGGAGUGACGAACCAAUCAAGGAAUGCAAUCUAAACGAGUGUCUCUUGAACAACGGCGGCUGCUCUCACAUCUGCAAAGACAUGGUGAUUGGCUUUGAGUGUGACUGCACACCUGGACUUCAGCUCAUAGACCACAAGACCUGCGGAGACAUCAAUGAGUGUCUGAACCCUGGCAUCUGCAGUCAGAUCUGCAUCAACCUGAAGGGAGGAUACAAGUGUGAGUGUCACAACGGCUACCAGAUGGAUCCGACCACCGGAGUCUGCAAGGCUGUUGGUAAAGAGCCCUGCCUGAUCUUCACAAACCGCCGUGACAUCCGUCGUCUCGGUCUGGAGAGGAAGGAGUACACUCAGAUUGUGGAGCAGCAGAGGAACACAGUGGCUCUGGAUGCAGACUUUAAUCAGCAGAUGAUCUUCUGGGCUGACCUGGGCCAGAAGGCCAUUUAUAGCACUGUGCUGGACAAACGAGGGGACGUUAGCACCCACAACAAAGUGAUAGACAACGUCCAGACUCCAGUGGGAAUCGCCGUGGACUGGAUCUAUAAGAACUUGUACUGGUCUGAUCUUAGCACCAAAACCAUUUCUGUAGCCAACUUCAAUGGAACCAAGCAGAAAGUUCUGUUCAACAGAGGCCUCAAAGAACCAGCAUCCAUUGCUGUGGAUCCGCUGUCUGGGUUUUUGUACUGGUCUGACUGGGGCGAGCCAGCCAAGAUUGAGAAAUCUGGUAUGAACGGAGUGGACAGGCAGGUUCUGGUGGCGACGGACAUCCAGUGGCCUAAUGGAAUCACCCUGGAUCUGAUCAAAGGCAGGUUGUACUGGGUCGACUCUAAACUGCACAUGCUCUGUAGCGUCGACCUGAACGGAGACAACAGGAAGAAAGUACUCCAGUCUCAAGACUACCUGGCUCAUCCCUUCGCUCUCACUGUUUUUGAGGAUCGAGUCUUCUGGACAGAUGGUGAAAAUGAAGCUAUCUACGGCGCAAACAAGUUCACCGGCUCUGACGUGGUGACGCUGGCCAGCAACCUGAAUGACCCCCAGGACAUCAUAGUGUACCAUGAGCUGAUCCAGUUGUCGGGUACUAACUGGUGCACAGAGAAAGGUGAAAAUGGAGGCUGUAGCUACAUGUGUCUGCCUGCACCGCAAAUCAACAAACACUCCCCGAAAUACACCUGUGUGUGUCCAGAGGGACAGGAGCUGGCUGCUGAUGGCUUACGCUGCAAACGUGACCCUUCUACCAACGAUCCCUCAAAGGAUGAUGGGAAAGCUCUAAUACAGCCACCCCAAGAAGCCAACGUGAGCACAUCGAUCCAGGUGGACUCCACAGCCAGAGGGUCUGCUGCUGCCUGGGCCAUACUGCCUGUCUUGCUGCUGGCGAUGGCGGCAGCGGGCGGCUACCUGAUGUGGAGAAACUGGCAGCUGAAGAACCAGAAGAGCAUGAACUUUGACAACCCUGUCUACCUGAAGACCACAGAAGAAGACCUCAACAUCGACAUCACCCGGCACAGCGCCAACGUCGGACACACCUACCCGGCGAUUUCGAUAGUGAGCACAGAUGACGAUUUAUAAUGAUCGUCUUGGUUUGUUUUUUUACGGCAACCCAUAGAGUUGCAUGGCGCCUCCUCGUUCCCAUGCCGACGGUUGUCCGUAGCAGCAGCAGCCCUUACAGUACGACCACAUGCCUUCUGAAGUGCAUUAUGUCAUUAUCUGUGGAGAGGAUGACCAGAAGAAAUGUUAUUUAUUAUGUGAAUACUACAAUGAAAUAUGUGUCAUAACUGUUUUCACUCCAAAGUGAAGUGUUAAGGAUUUUUUAAUUUAUUAUUAUUUUUUUUUUUCCUUUUGGUCCUUGUCAUUAUUUUCGGGCCACAGCUUCCUGUCUUUUCUUGCCCCGCCCUCUUAAAGGAGGCCAAUGCCAUCUUUUCACAACAGACGAGAGAAACGCAGUGAAUUUCCACAAUUUGAUCGCCCUUUUACGCUUGGUGUUCAAACUGAACCGGAAACCUGACAAGGGCACUCUCCGUCUCGCGCCAAUCGACUUUGCUGGACAGGAUUUAAAACUGGAUCUGAGCUGUCGGUACCCGAUGUGACACGUGUUAAAGACAGCGUGAGACUCCUUUUUGACAGUCUUCAGAGUGGAGAGGGGUCAAGGGUCAUUUAAGAGUGAGGCAUUCAUGGGAAAACUUGAUCUGAUCCAACCUCCUCUGAUCCAACAGGCUCAGAUGUGUGAAUAUUUAUGUACCAUCAUGCUUUGGGCAGUAUAAAUCUAAGAUGUAAGUUUUCUUUUCUUUUUUCAUUUUUGUUUUAUUUGCAACGGUACCUCCUGGAGCGCAUUCUUACAAGCUGUUUUUUCAGUCGGUGGUUAUUAUUAUUAUUAUUAUAUUAUUAUUAUUAUUAUUAUUAUAGAAGCUGUGUAAGGAUCACCAUAGUUACAGCAUUUGUUUAAACAAUUGUAUAUAUUUACCCAUCAUCCCUCAGACAUGACCGAUCAGGACUCUCUUCAAUGCACUUUGACAAAUGUUCCUUGUGUAAAUAAGAUUGUAUACAUUUGACUUGAAAUCAAUUUUUUGCUAUGGUUGGAUAUCAUACCAGGGUUAGAGUUCAGAUGUAUUUAAGAAGAAAGAAAAAGCUGAAAAAAGUUUUAAAAAAACACAACUGAAUUUGGUAAAACUAUUUUGUAUGUUUGUGUGCUGUUGCUGUGAACUUUUUCUAGCCUUGUACAGUGAGGGGGGACACUAUUAAAACUUAAAAGCUCUGUAUCUGUGAAGAAACUGAUUUGCAAAUCACUUGAGAAUUAAAACCUAAUCCACAACA